UCAAUUUUCAGUCUUUUGGAAUUCGCGAAACAAUGCGGUCGCCGUACGAUGAGAGCGCUGCUGCCGCCGACCACAAAUACCAAUACCAAUACAGUGCGGCCAAUAAUAACAAUAAUUACUAUAAAAACUAUAAUGUGAAUGGCAAUGGGCAGGCGGCGAAUGGAAAUGGGAAUAUAAGUGGAAGUGGAAAUGGCAACGGUAAUGGAAAUGGAAUACCUUAUCAUGCGCGCGAGAAUUCGUUGCCAUUUAGCUAUGGCAUAGCCAAAACUUCGACGCCGCUGCGCAAAACUCCGACACCGACGCGAGCAGAUAGUUUUCUAGACGUUGAUUUUGGAUCGGUUACGAAUAAUGGUAGUUCGGGUGGCGGAACUGGUGGUACCGCCGAUAUGAUAAAGCCCCCCACCCGGCUGACGAGCCCUUUGCUGGUGCGCAAAACGCUGGGCAAUGGCGUUAGUCCCACUGGUUCGACGAACACGAAUACGAACACCAUUGCCAAUACAUACCACUACAGGUCGAGCAGCUCAACGCCGACGCCGCUGAGAGAUAAUUUCGAGCAGCUGCUGCGGGAGCGACGCGAAAAGGUCUAUAAUGAAUAUAGAAAUAGUGAUAGGGAGUCGGGGGAGCGGGGCCGCGUACCGCCCACUCCGCCGCAGAGGCAAUAUUACGCCAGUGAUUCGUAUGGCAGUGGUUUACGGAAUGGCAACGGAACCCUUUACAAAAACAGCCCCUCAAAUGGACAAUCUUCGAAGUACAACUACGAUUUCGAGUUUAAUCUUAAUCUGGAUGAUGUUAAGCCCGAACCCACACCGUAUCACACCCGAAAUAUCCAAUUCGAGGACCUGAGACUCGCUGAUCAGGAUGUGCCAGAUGGCUCGGUUAAUCGUGGUCGAAUCAUGGAACGCAAUUAUCACACAAUUAACAGCUUGGAAACGACGACCCACAAACGCCAACAGUUGGAGCCGUUGGAGCAACUGGGCGCCGUUUAUGGCCAGAACCACAUGGAGGAGACUCUAGCGCGUCGCACUCGUCGCGAUCUCUCCGCAUCCGCAUCGAUAUCCCCAUCGAAAUCCAAAUCCACCUCGCCAUUGCCGGCACUCGAAUCGCCCAUCUAUGCCACCAGUGCGAAGAGAUCGAGCAACAGCAACAGCAACCCAAAUACCAAUGGCCAACAGCAGAUGACGCCUAGUCCCACCAGCAGGCCAGAAACGCCCGCCUUUCCGGUCACGCCGCGCACACCUUUUGGGGCAGCAUCAUCAUCGUCAUCGUCUUUGAUAUCGACGAACCAGUUGCCAGCGGCGGAGUCCAUCUACCAAACAGGACCACGUCGUGGUCUGCCACCAGUCGCUCUGCAGCCCAUUGAGGUGGCCGCCGAUUCCGUGAAAUUCGCCCGGAGUUCGGCCAAAUUCUGGUAUAAGCCAAAUCUGACGCGAGAGGAUGCCAUUGCACUGUUGGCCUCGGCCCAGCCGGGAACUUUCCUCGUUCGGGACUCGACCACGUACAAGAACUCCUACGGCUUGGUGGUCAGAGUGGCUCAACCUCCGGCUGGCUCACAGGAGCUGGUGCGUCACUUCCUCAUCGAACCAACGCCGGAGGGAGUGCAUCUGAAGGGCUGCGAUGACGAGCCGGUUUUCACUUCACUGUCUGCUCUCGUUUUCGAGCAUUCCAUCAGUCAGUUGGCACUGCCCUGCUUGCUCCGGCUGCCGGACCGGGAUAUAGUGCCACCGGUGAGGGCCACCACGCCGGCUCAACAGCAUUUGAUCGCCCACGGAGCGGCCACGAAUGUCCUGUGGCUAUACUCCUGCGACACGGAAUCGCUCACAGGGAACGAGGCUAUUCGCAAGGCCAUCCGGCUGAUGUACGCCCAACGACCGUUGCCACAACCCACGGAGGUGCACUUUAAGGUCUCCUCGCAGGGAAUCACUCUUACGGAUAACACGCGCAAGAAGUUCUUCCGCAAACACUAUACGGCGGAUGUCAUCUCGCAUUGUGCCAUCGAUCCGGAGAACCGGAUGUGGACCAGCGAGGGGGAGGUGGACAAGAAGACCAUCUUCGCCUUUGUGGCCAGGAGGUCGCCCAGUUCGACGGACAACCAGUGCCAUGUGUUCUGCGAUAUGUCCGUCAGUCAGCCAGCGGCGGCGAUUGUCUCGUUCGCCAAUCGAACGCUGCCCACGGAAAAGUUGCGCAACUACGUCCUUUAGAACGAAAAAAAGGCGUGGCUCGGGUCAACAGGUCAGCAGGCAGGAUGCCGCAAGGAGUGGAGAAGCGCACAGGCAAAUGGAAUUUGUCGAAUGUGCGGAGGAGGAGGUGUCCAGUGCUGUAAGAUGUACUAACUAAUCACUUUACGAAAUUGUGUCUUGCGAUAUAAUGAGCUUAACUACGAAUAUGUUAACAGAAAUGAUGUCAGCCGUAAUUUAUUUAGACACGCACACACUCAGAAGCCGGCGAUAUUUAUGGCAAAGCUAAAACAUAUGUACACAUGUGGUAUUAUCAACUGGAA